AUGGAAUCUUACAAUAAAGAUGACAAGGGUGACCAAGAUCGUGUGUUGCCUAGCAACCAGGCUGAAAAGCCUGUCGGUGCUCACACGGAGUACGUUCUUGAUCCAGAAGGUGAAAAAUCGAUCUCAGUCGAUUACUCUGGAGCACAUGAGAAAACCGACCCUGCAGAAAUUGCGCUGAUCAAAAAGCUCGAUCGCUGGAUCAUUAGCAAUGGUAGGGUCAAUAGUUAUUACUAUUAA